GCCUUUUGUUGGACAAUACAGUAUACUCCAAGCCCAUUUUCAUUGGGGAGAGGACUCGACGAAAGGCUCAGAGCACACGGUUGACGGAUACCGAUACCCAAUGGAGAUGCAUAUUGUGACGAAGAUGAAGUUUGGUACUUCCCCUUGUGCUGAGCUUGCUGUCCUUGGUUUUUUCUUCGAGAUAAGUAAUACAGAUAAUCCAGCAUGGAAUGACAUCAUUACGGGACUUGGCGAAAUCACAAUGCCAGACGAGGAGACAACCCUUGACUACAUUAACCUCCAAGACUUGUUGCCCAGUGAUAUGUCUGAGUUCUAUAGCUACUUCGGGUCAUUGACCACUCCACCGUAUUCUCAAAUCAUUAAUUGGACUGUUUUCAAGAACACAAUAAAGAUAUCGGAAUAUCAGAUUGCACAGUUCAGAAAUUUGCUGAACGGAGACGAGUGGAGCAUUGUGGAUAACUUUAGACCAGUUCAACUUUUGAAUGGAAGAACUGUGUACAGCAACUGUUGGUAACCAUUG